UGCGCUUGUUUUGGUGUUGGCGGGUUUCUAGGUUCGAUUACUUAAUUGUCUUAAUCUGAGGCCUGUGUCAUUGCUGGUUGUUAUCUCUAGCUUUCCGUAGUAAGUGUAAGCACGCUGUUUGCGCUCGAUGGGUCGUCGACUUACAUUUCCUUUUGUAUUUUCCACUUAAGCUACUUUGUGUCCCUAUGUUGUACUCAAGGUACCUUAUUGCUGGACACAGAGCGUUACAGUUGUAUGACCAAAGUACAUGGUAUGGUAAUGGUCAUCUCCGUCUAGCUCCAUACCUCAUAUUAUUCUGACAUCCUUUCCUAUGUAUUCGUAUUAAGAUAAUUGUUAUGUACAUUUUCGCCCAGAACUUACGUGGAAUCUGAUUAGACUUUACAGGAGCGAAUCUUUUCGAGUCUCAGUUUUCUCAUUUUAACUGGCAUUAUCACAAGAAUAUGGAGCUUGUGGUAAAUGUCAUAAGUAUCUCUCCCUAUUUGCCGAGAGUUAUAUAAGAAUAUAUUUUUACUGUACAAGGUUCUAAGCAAAAUAUCAAAACUUUCUGCAGUUGUUGCAACUAUACUGGCUAGUACAUUUUCCUGGCUUACGUAAAGAGGUAAGCAGCGUUAGAAAACAUAUGUCAGCAGGAUGUUUAGGCUGAAAAUAAAAGCGAUAGGUGGGGAAUUGUACGAUUAAGUGAUAUUGUAUACCUUUAUUUCUUCACAUUCAGCCUCAUCUCAUUCUGUACUUUUUACUUCUAGUGAAUCCUUUGUUUACCCCUACGUCUUAUUUUUAUCACCUCGUCCUCGUCGGUAUUCUCGUGAUGCUCAUAUUAAAUCCCUUGUCCGAUUGUUCUGUACUCGAAAUGUGGUGUUCUUUAGGAGACACAAGUAUGCAGUUCAAUGGUGGACAAUUGAAUGUCAUAAAUGUGGUUUUAUAGCAACCUCGUUAUCUAACACAACAAACAAUUAAUGGGAACCUCAAACCCUGGACAUCUUAAACAUUUUCAUUGGAUCCCAAAUUGACAUUGAAUACUACCAAACUUUCCUUGGGUGGAUUCGGCGUAUAUUUCAGUUAUGUUUCUCGAUGCUAUUUGAACUUGUGUAUUUCUUUGUCUGCCGAUAAGCAUGUUUUUACUAGAUAAAAUCGUUUGCAACAAUGUUUAAAUUGGGUGAAAACACCAAGUGUUCACUCGAGAAACAUCUGGUUAACUAUCGCUGCUGACGAUUAUUUUGAAAUUUCAUAAUCCAUCCUCGAUAGAGAAAUGUCCGGUCCCACAAAAUCAGAUGUUAUAAAUUAUAUUAAGUCUAUGAAAAUUGAAAUCAAGUCAUUGUCAGCACGAAUAAAUUAUCUUACACGUUAUGUAGUACAACAGAGGCACCAGCUAAGUUCUGCAUUGAAAAAGAUUGCAUCUCUGGAACAGUCUUCCAAACAUUCGUUGAAUCGAUCAAUAGGUGUAUCUCAUUCACCUCAAUCUAAACGUUCUGUAGGAUGUCAGAUUUUUCCAGGAACAAACCCUCUUGUUUCUGUAUCCCCUGAUGUGAAUGAAGUAUCUCCAAAUAGUGAAUCGUUUGAAGACUUGCAUAAAUCUCUUCAACCACCCGAUAGUAUAAACUUACCAAUAUGUUGUAAUAAACCUCAAAAGCGGUCAAGCCCACUGGCUCAAUCACCUUCAUCCUCAAAGUAUACAGAUUUGUUUUCCGUGUUGAUAGCUUUUUGAAUACUUAAAUAAUGUAAAUUUUGCUAUAAUAUUUUUCCUACUGCAAAAUAUGCAGUCAGAUGUUAUUGCGAUCAUAUAAUUUUGUGAAUUCUAUGGUCAAUCAAUAUUCCAUGGUGGGAUUUAUUAGUGAACAUAUGUCUGAAAAUAUUUCUCUGUUCUCAACUUUAUACUGAGAGAAGAAUUUUAAUCUGCAAAAUUUGAGUCAAUUACUUCACUGACUAUGGUGACUAAGAGGGCUUUUUUUACGUAUUCUACCUAAUCCCCUAUCGUUUUUCACUAUAGUGUCUAAUAUAAAAGUAGACUGGGAAAGAGUUAAGACUAGCCAUACAAAGACAUUGAAUCAGUCCAUCAAACUAUAGUGUUACUCUGAAUCGUGCAAGGAAGCAUUGCAAUAGUCAAUACUUUGAAACCUCGGCUGCACUAGUUCAAAUACACUCAUUUUUAAUCCUGUAAAUCUUGGACAUAAAACUGUUUCAUAGUUUUUAUUCUCUGACUUAUUUCUUCUAACCCUGUUCUUAAUUUUCGCUUCCCUUAACAUUUAGUGUUAUUAUUUCUACCUAUGCAUCACUUCUCAAACUUAGUGUACAACAAGAAUAAUGCUGUAUAGUCUCUAGUUUUUCUUCUAAAUUUAGGGCCAUAAAUACUGACCAGUUUUCAUUAUAUUCGGCAUAUGUGACUCUAUUAAUCGACUUAAACUGCAAACGAUAAACGCAAUGGUGGCUUGAUGUUUAAGGUGUUCAACUUUAUACCAUCAGGCCUCCUGCUUCAACUCCACUGUCUCUGGAAGAUCGAGUAGUGUCCUUAAUUUUCACGUAAACAAUACGACUUUAAACCAAGCUAGUGAAUUUAUACUUAAUGAAUAAGCUACAUUAAGUUGUGGUAUUUUUAUUGUUUUAUAUAUAUGUACAAUGAAAUAGUUAACAUUUUAUAUCUUUCAGUGAAUCUGUAGUUUUGCCGAAAAAGAAAAAGAAACGUUCUUUAAUUAUUCCAGCUCAACUUCGCAAAAUAAAGAAAAUUACUCAAUCCCCACAUUCAUGUCCAAAGACUCCUGAACAAAAUAUCAAUUCUCCUAAAAAGCGACAUCGACGAAGAUCACAAAGGCAUUUAGUGAAAUAACACUGUGAUAUAUGUAUACGUCACUUGGUCACUGAAUAUAUUUUUUCCACUACAAUGUUUCAACUGUUGAGAUGAACUGUUAUUAAUAAAUUAUUCUUUCAUCAAUGCACUUUGGAUAUUUGUUGUAAAGAUAUAUAUAUAUAUAUAUAUAUAUAUAUAUAUAUAUAUAUAUAUAUAUAAAUUCAAAUUAAGGGAUCACAAUAUAUAUUUUUGAAAAACUCACCACUGAUGUGUGUCUUUUGAUAUUAAUAUCUAUUGCAUGAUGUGAUCUAUCGACUAAUAUUUAUUUUGAGAUAGUGAUAAAGAUUUGUAGCUCAGGGGAAUGAUUUUGGUGAAGCUUCGUGUUCUGAUCUGAGUGGUUUAAUCAUGAUUUCAUUGUUCUUCUGGACAACAUCAGCGCAAUCUUUAGAUAGAAGUAAACUAUUCGAAUACCUCUACAUAUUUCUGACAGUUUUUUCUUUUGACCUUCAUCCGGGUUGGUCGUUAGCGACCCUUGUUUGCACUGGUGAUAUUUUCUUGACGGAUUAUGGAGAGUUAAAAAAAUUUCAUUUAUACAUGUUUACUAUAAAUGUUUAUCUCAUCUACCGAGACAUAAAUAAUAGGCCAGGUUCAAAUCUACAUUUCAUUUUAUCUAUACAUUUAAAUUUCCUGCACUCACAAUAACUUGCAAUCCUUAAACCAAACAAUAGAAAAAUACAAACUCAUACAAAUAAAAUGCAUACCUUUGACGAAAUGUAGCGGCUGUCUGGACUCAGUGGAAAACAGGUUGGUAUUUCAAGUUAAAGGUCCUCGAUGUGAGCGUUAACGCUGGGGUGCAGGGAUAUCCAACUGGCAAGUCCCAAUUAGAAUGAAACACGUGUACUGAAUUUCAUUGUUAGCUAGUAUCCAACAGGAAUACUACUUACUGGGGUGGAUUAUAAAAAGUGCUUCAAUAUCAAGAUGGUUUUAGCCACGAUCUGUCAUUAACCAAUAAAAAAGUUUUGAUUGUUUUUUUGAAUUAGUAAUCCGUUUAAGUAUUAGGGGUUGGUGCGAAAUCUCCCAAUCUUGAUCACGUAUAUUUUCAACCAUUAUUUGCCCAUAUUGUUUUUCAACCACUCUAGGUGUUUUUCAAAUUAUAAUUAGUGUUAAAUACUAGUAACCAAUUCUGACAUAUACAGCGGGAGUGAAGUAUAGAUCCUUUUUUACAUGAUAUGAGAGUAACUUUACUAGUGUUAAACAGUAAGUCGACGUACUGUCCCUAUAUUUACAUGUUAUCUACCCCCUAGGUAACAACACCGAAAUAUUUGUCAAAAGACAAAUAUACUCUGUAACAUGAUCGUUAUUACAAAAUAUAAGACGAUCAUACUAUUCAAUUACAGGUAAUUUCAAACUGUUAUUCAUCUUAAAGUCACUAAGCCGACAGGUAGUAGAAAUAUAUUUAAGGAAUAAAAGUUAACAGUUAAAGUUUUCUUUCUGUACCAAUUUUAAGUGACAUAAACAUAUGUCACUUUCUGUUAUUGUGUGCGUGAUCAGUUAGAAUAUAGAUUUGAUAGAUUAAUUACGUAAAGUAGAAUCGUUCGAAAUAUGUCACAAAACAAUCCAUAGUUUGUCGCUUUAUAAUUGUAGUACUUUAAUAUAUCAUGAAACUGUGUUUCAUUAACCAACUCAGUCGGAUUUUCACCACAACUUAUGGAUAGUGUCUUUUUACCCAUCAGCAAGACUUAGUAAUUAAGUGAUAGUUUUUCAGUUUGCCUUAUUAACAUAUAUACCUUUAACUCCCAAAAAUAUAUGAAGAUUCGAAAAUCUGGUACAAUGUAAUCAGGAAUUUUAGUUAUGGUUGAGGUAUCCUGUGGUUAGAGAAACGUAUUCUUUAAGUUGAUUGAUGAUUAAAAUAUUUUAAUAAAAUUUCAGGACGAUUUGGAUCACGAAAUCCUAUCACUUAGAGAACUGUUACAAAAAGCCAUAAAGCACUGGAAAACUAUUUUUUAUGGUUUCGGAACUCUUUAACACUCUUCAUCUAUGAUCCCGUACAGGAUUGAACUUAAACCUGAUAGGAAACAGCAUUCAAUUGUGUAUUUCAUACUUCACAUCACAGACUAGCCAACCGUUAAAAACUAGGAAUUACUGAGUAGCUUUCUAAUCCUAGCAUAAGAUUCCUCGCUAAGGAUCAAACUUAGGGUCGUCAGGUUUUGUGACAAGACUUCGAAAUGUUAAUGUUCAAUCAUUUAUGCUUCUAACAUUAAUCACUAUUAGUUAUCAGGUACAAAUAUUUUGAUGCAGGUAAUUCUUCUUAGUAAACAAAUUAAAUUCUUAAUGUUAGAUAGGGAAAAAAGUACAGUUUGGCGUAGUGUAAUUUUGUUUCUCUUUAUUUGAUGAUAAUCUUUAAUUUUCUUCAUUUUAAAUUCAUUGAUAAUUUCAGUACUAUUUUAUUUGAAAACUGUUCAUCUUAAUGGAUUCAUCAUCAUCUAAAACACAAGAAAUACAAGAGACUUUAAAAAUUCUUAAAAAGAAUAUCAAUUCUAUCACAAAACAGAUUGAUGAAUUAAAUCAUCAACGUGAAAACUUACAAGUGCAGUAUGAUCAAUUAAGAUCUCAAUUAACUACAGCCCGUGUCCAAGAAAUUUCAAGUUCUUUGGGUACAUCAUCUGAAUACAAUUCAGAAUCCUUAUUCCCAUGGACUUCAGAAGUGAAUCGAGUGAGAAAAGAAAUUUUCCGAAUUUCCGAAUUUCGUCCUUUACAAAUAACAGCAAUUAACGCAGUUUUAGAUGGUCGUGAUGUAAUCUUAGUUAUGCCUACAGGCGCAGGCAAAAGCUUGGUAUAUCAAUUACCUGCAUUACUUAAUGUUAAUGCUUUCAAAGUGAAUGGACGAUAUCGUGGUUCAUUAACGUUAGUUAUAAGUCCAUUGGUUUCUUUAAUGGUUGAUCAGUCGAUUAACUUGACCAGAUACAGUCUCGAACCAGAUACAAUAGCAGUUUUAGAUGCGAAUACACCAUUACAAGAACAACGCCGAAUUCUGUCAUUACUUGCAGAAAAAUCUAACAAAACAAAUAUUUCAACAAAAUCUAAUUUACGCUUAUUGUAUGUAACUCCAGAGAAAUUGGCUAAAAGUAAAUUAUUAUUAAAUCGUCUAGAGAUUGCUUAUUCAAUGAAUCGAUUAGCUUGUAUUGCUAUUGAUGAAGUACAUUGUGCUAGUCAAUGGGGUCAUGAUUUUAGACCGGAUUAUAAAUUUCUACAUGUAUUAAAACGUCAAUUUUCUAAUGUACCGAUUAUUGGUUUAACUGCAACUGCAACCGCUGAAAUCAUUGUAGAUAUAGAAAAUAUGUUAGGUCUUAAUGUAGACAAAUGUUUAGUAUUAAGAACUAGUUAUAAUCGAGAAAAUUUAAAUUAUUAUGUUAAACCAGUCAGUGGAUCUAUCAAAGCAUCUAUUGGAUAUUUAUAUGAACUAAUUAACAAAAAUUAUACUAAUCAAUCAGGCAUCGUGUAUUGUUUUUCUCAAAAAGAUACUGAAGAUGUUUCUUCAGAACUAAAGAAUUUUGGGUUAAAAGUAGCUCCAUAUCAUGCGAACUUAGAUUUUAAUUAUCGAUCUAGAGUUCAUUCCGAUUGGAGUCAAGGAAGAAUUCAAGUAAUUGUUGCCACUGUAGCUUUUGGUAUGGGUAUAGAUAAAGCUGAUGUUCGUUUUGUAAUACACUUUUCUUCAAGCAAAAGUCUAGAAAAUUAUUAUCAGGAAUCAGGUAGAGCAGGACGUGACUCGAACUCCGCGGAUUGUAUAUUAAUGUGGCGUUUUUCAGAUCUAUUUCGUUUAGCCAGCAUGGUAUCAUCUGAACGAACAGGAAUUGCAAAACUUUAUGAAAUGGUUGGAUAUUCUAUUGAUCCGGAUAUGUGUAGACGUUUUUUAAUUUCGAAAAAUCUCGGUGAUGCUUCUUGGUCUACUGAUGACUGUAAAAAUGCUUGUGACAAUUGUCAACGUAAAAGCACAAAUAAGUCAGAUGUAUCCACGUUGAUUCAAAUAAAAACAGAUAAAUUACUGAAUGCGACAAAACAAUUAUUAUUUGAUCAAAGUUUAACAAAACAAGAAAGGAUAACUGGCCCUAAAUUGAUUGAUCUUAUGACUUGUAAUAAGCAGAUACAAUCUAUCAGUCAAAAAUUGUAUAGAAAUCAAGAAAAACCUGAACGUCAAUUUUAUGAACAUUUCAUAUCUUGGUGUUUAAUUAAACAAUACUUAAAAUUAGAUUUUCAUUUUACACCAUAUUCAACUGUUUGUUAUGUUGUAAACAAUGACAAUUCAGUUGAUAGUGAACACAUUGAAUUAAUGCCUUAUUUAUUAUCAAUUAAGGAAGAAUUGGAUAAAGACAAAGUUACGGAAGAGCGUUCUCACGUAGAUGCUAAACGAAAAAGAAUACAUUCAACUGAAAUGGUUGAUCUUACAUAAUUGAUUUCAAUUUGUUAGCGUAACGCUGCAUGCGUAAUUUACUUAUGUAUUAUAAAUAUAUUACCUGUGAUUUUAUGUUUGAAUAUAAACUGUUAAC